AUGUCUGGGCGUGUUUUCCAAAGUAACUUAAUGUUUACCAAAAGGUCACAUUCAAAUAUAAAAAGACUGAAUGUCAAACUGUCAUUAAAGGAUCUAAUGGCACCGACGGUUGGAGGAUUUAUUGCUUAUUUAUCAUGGGGGGUUAUUAAACCUCGUCGUACUGAAUCUGAAAAAGGGAAUAACUCUAUGGUUGCCAUAUUAGGUUUAGGAGAGUAUUCUUUAAGCCAAUAUUGGAUAAAUCCAUCACUGCUAUUUACUUCUAGAAUCCCAACCCUGUUUGCUUAUUCUUUUGGUACCAUGAAAGUUAUGGGCAGUUUAGUAGUUCAGGGAUUUCAAUUCUUUUCCUGGAGAUCGAUUCGUUCUAUUACAGGACCAUUGCUAUUAACGACAGCAGUAUUAGGUGUGGCAUAUUUAGUUCAUGACUUGCCAAAUGCACUACCAAAAAAUUUACUUGAAAAAUACAAAAACCAACUGGAAAAAGUUGAUUACAUUAAUACUAAUGCUGAACGUAUUGUCAAAGAAGUUCGAGAAGUCUUAAAGAUACCAGUUCGUGAAAUUUUGAAGACUUCUGAAUUGAUACUUGACAAGAAACAAUCUAUCAAAAAACAAUUGGAAAAGAAAUAUGAAGAUAUUCGGAUAUCAUCUAGAAUAUUUCAACAAAUAUCAGAAAAAACUGCAUCUCAAAAAAUGGUUAUCGACGCCUUAAGUCUUGAUAUUGAUUAA